UCAUGGAUAGGACAAUAGUUCUAUUAUACAGAGAAAAACCAAAUCAGAUGAGCGUCUGCACUCUCAAAGCGGUGCUCUUGUUUUAAGUUGUUAUCUGUCCUAAUACAGUAAUAUGACUUUGUCUACAAAAUUUCAAAAGUAAAGGUUAUAGAUCAUUUAUUUGUACGCUUAGUACGUAACAUUCAGAAAAUAAAGUUGCUACCUUAUCUUAUCUUAUCUUAUCUUAUCUUAAUGCAUUAGAAUGUCAAUAAAUGAUCUAAAAACGACACAUAGUUAAAGCGCCACGUUUCAUUUUAUUGAAAGGUUAAAACAUCAAAAAAUCUCCGUCUAAAGUUACUAAACCGCGCCUUCUUCAUUCUCUUGGAUUUCAUUGGCUAGUCUAAUCUUCACUCGUGAUCUAGUGGGUACAUGUUUAUUACCUGUAUUUGGCAGUUGUUCCGCCUCCUUAAAUGUUGCUGAUUCAAUGUAGGCGUGCGUAUCUAUGAAUUACUAUUAAUUUUGGACCAGUGACUCAUUUUUAUGAAAUAAUAUGUAAACAAGAAGUUUUUUUGAAAAGCAUUCGCUUGUCAUUGGUUAAAAAAGAUGUUUGAACUAUAAAGACUUUUGUCUUUAUUAUUUUAUUUCUAAUUGCUUAUAAUCUUGUAAUGAGAUAAUUACUGUUUCAAGGAAGCAUCAUUACAAAAUGUUUUGCAAUUUUGAUAUUAAUUACGUAGCAUUUGUCAUGGAAGUCCAUUUUAAACAGGGUUAAUGUUAUAAUUUUUACCUUUUUAUUGCGUUUACAGUGUUUUGAAGCUGUGAGCGGAUACGAUAACUUAAAUUUAAUUCUUUCUCACUAUGGCAUAACACAGGACUUUUAAGUUUCGUUUUUUUCGCCGCCCAAUUUCUAUUAUUAGACGCGGAAGUAAGACUCGUUGAAAUACGCAGUACACUGACAGAAACGUAAGAGAUGGGUACUGAGGAUAAAUAUUUGUUGAUAAUAUUUCUUCUCCUCGGGAUUGUAGUGACUCUAACUGCUACAGAAAAGCGAGCAAACUCUGUAGCUGUAUACGAAAAAAAUUGUUUGUUGGAAGUGAUUAAAUUUCUUAACCCUUUGGACUGUAUAGAUGUAGAGGGUGACACUGUCAAGCAUCUUGGGUCCUGUUUGGUAGACGGAAAGUCCUACAGCGGUAAUGUCGAGAUUUGGACUUGUGUACACGGUCAUUGGAAAGGAACGAGUGGCUCUUUAGCUGAUGUACACCACAGACAAAAACGGUUUUUCGAAUUAUUUGCGGGAUUAUUCAUUGUUGGUUGCCUUUUGUUUUGCGGCGGUGGGGGAGGGGGAGGGGGAGGGGGAGGUACCCAGAUUGUGACAAAGUAUCCGCCCUCUUUUUCUGAUCCAUGUAAGCCAGCGGAUGUCUUAGACAAUUAUAAUGUUGCUGCAGGCGAGACGAGCGUAGUUGUGAGCUGGACUAUUGCCCCAGUAGCUACAGACAGGGACGGAGGCACUCCUAGUGUUACACAAGUUGGUGGGGGAGUAAAUGGCAGCCGUUUUGUCGGGGCAACCUAUGGAAAGACCCACUACAUUACGUAUAAAGCAACAGAUGACGACGGGCUAACAGGACAUUGUUACUUCUCUUUUACUGUUACCACAUUGGCAUGUGACACCCUGCCUUGGCCAGCCAACGGCGCUAGAUCCUGUGAAAACAACAACAUACUUGGAAGUUCGUGUCAGUACACUUGUAACCCCGGGUACCAACUAACCGGAAGUGAUACAGUCACGUGUCAGGAUGAAGUAGCGCCUACAUGGUCACUGGCUCCGACAUGUGAAAAAAAAUCUUGCAGUCCCCCUAGCUACCCGGACCACAGCACUGUACAGUGUACAGAUCCAGCCUAUGCUUUUCAAUCAGUAUGUUCGAUAUUUUGCGACAAUGGGUUUUCUUUAGAAGGUCACUUCUACAUGCAGUGUCAGGCAGAUGGUACUUGGUCCAACGCUGGAUCCUCCUCUUGCAAGGAUGGAACGCCGCCAACAAUAGCGUGUGUAACGCCACAGAUCUUCCACGCUGACCGCGGUAUAACAUCAACAUCAGUUAACUGGCAAGUUCCGACUGCAACUGACAGAACAGACGCUAAUCCGUCUAUUGUACAAACUGGUGGCCCAACUGCCGGAGCAAUAUUAGAAGUCGGAAGUGAUAUUGUAACAUAUAAGGCAGUUGAUGUUGACGGGAAUGAAUCACCAGAAUGUUUUAUUGAACUUCGCGUUGAAGAAAUAACCUGUGGCCAUCCUUUAGACAGUUUUGAAGACAACUACCUAGUAUUUAACUGUUCAACGUCUCGUUAUAUUUACGGGACAUCAUGCACACUUUCUUGUACUGCACACUUGCCGCUAGAGGGCACGGAUCUAGUCACGUGUGAGAAGAAUGGCCAAUCAGAAGGAGUAUGGAGCUGGGGAACGGGAGAUAAGCCAUAUUGUAGAGCAAUCGCUUGCCCUGACCUGGAUCCACCAAUCAAUGGAGCGCUUGUUUAUGACACAAUACAAACACGCCCUGUGUAUACAAUGAUGUGUAAUGAUAAAUUCGAUAUACCAGACAUGGGAACAAACUUUAACGGCAUGCUCUUCUGUACAGACGAUGGAGAUUGGACCCCGAUCGACCCUGUGCCUGACUGUAUAGAACCAAGGAAUCCUCGAUUUCUUAAUCUGCCUGCGGAGAUAUUUUAUUACGGCGGUGACUGUGGCAGCGAGGCAGCGAUGGCAGAAAUUGAACAAAACUUUAUAGAUAUUUUAGAAUCUGAACUAAAUCCUUAUUUCGAGACAAUUUGUCCAUCCGGAGAAACUUGCACGACAGGAAGUAUCACAAUAACCUGUGGACCAAUAUCGGGAAGAAAGAAAAGAUCACUCUCUUGGGAAUAUAAUAAUGAAGGGAUACGUGUACAUAAGAAUAACAAUGAAGAACGUACACGAGAACACAUCAUACAGAAGCGCUCAACUCAUACUCAUCUGCUAAUUCUAGAAUUUUACAUUGUCAUGGAAUUAAAGUUAGACAAUACAUCGGUUCAAGAUGCGAUUCUUGUAUAUGAUGAUGUGCAGUUGAAUAUUUUGAAACCUGCAGUCCAAGGAAUGAUCAACAACGGAACAUUUGAUCUCCAAGGUUUCGUGCUUGAAUCUGAUUCAUUUCAGACAGCGAAUUACGGAGAUAUAACGUGUGAUCCCGGGUAUAUGCUCGAUCGCACAACAUGUAAACCGUGUCCUUUGGGGUAUUUCGUGAACGAAACUUCGUGUGAUCUUUGCCCUGUUGGCCAGUACAAGGAAAAUGAGAGUGACGCUUCCUGUACGUCAUGUCCAGCUGGUUACUCCACAAAGACAACUGGAUCCAAGUCACUGGCCGACUGUAACAAACAAUGCAGUCCUGGUUCGUACUCUCCAAAUACCGUUGAGAGUUGCUCCACCUGUCGCCAUGGUUACUACCAAGACGAAUAUGGCCAAACGUCGUGUAAAACUUGUCCUUCUGGCACAACAACAGAAUCAACGAAUAGUACCUCUGUCAAUGAAUGCAAAAACUAUGACGUUUUAAUUGAAACAACAAACGGCGGUGUGACAGUAUCGACGUUCCCUGGAACUUUGAGUGAUAUAAGUUUUAUGUUUUGGUCAAAAUGUUUCGACGAGCAGAGUUCUAAUGCAGUGCUGAGAUUGACUAAUGGAGGAGCAGCACUUAUCAACGUGUACCUGACUGAAAAUAUACGAGUAGAAAUUCCAUCACAGAUUGAUGAGACCGUCGGUUCACACAGCAGUUCUUCCUGGAACCACGUGACAAUCACCUGGGAUACAGCAAACUCUAAUGUAACGGUCUACCUGGGUGGUGAAUCUGUUUAUUCAACAAAUACUGUCUCAGCGCCUAGUACUCCGCUGUUAGAUAAUGGAGCUUUCGUAGUGACAUCUACUGGACAAACAGGUGUUUAUUUGACGGGAAUGCAUCUGCUCGGAAAUGUUUUGACCCAAACGGACAUUGCAAACCAUGCCUCAUCAUGCCACAUCACAGAAAAUGAUGACGUCAUCAACAUUGGUGUAUUCGACAACUUCAGUGAACAAGGGAUAUCACUCAUCGCUGCCUCUAGCUGUUAUGCAACUGAUGCAUGUUUAUCAUCGCCGUGUAACGGUCACAUCUGCACAAACGGACAAGACAGUUUCACAUGCACUUGUCAGAGUGGUUGGUCUGGCACGACGUGUACAGUACAGCCAGAUUUCUGUAUUGACAAUGAUUGCAAAAAUAAUGCGACGUGUUUCAGCGGAGACACAAACUACACGUGCAUAUGUUUGCCAGGAUACAGCGGGACAUUCUGUGAAGUCUCACCAGUGGAUGGUGGCUGGUCAGACUGGAAGGUAUCCGAAUGUUCAAAGUCUUGUGGAUCUGGUACAAUGAACCGAACACGCCAGUGUGACAGCCCGCCACCAGAUACAUACGGUGCUGAUUGUAUAGGAGAUCAAAUGGAAACAACACCUUGUAAUGUUGAAGAGUGUCCAGUUUGCAAAGAAUUCGAGAUAAGGUACGGAACCUUGCUUAACUGUACCACGAACCAAAUAACGGGGAGUGAGUCGUGUGUAUUAUAUUGUGAGAAUGGUAAACUUCUACCGCCUGGAUUAACAACAUUCCAGACAUACACGUGUGGACCGGACACUAAUUACGUCUGGGAUUCUUUGGACAAUCCUCCAAGUUGUGUUGAUCCAGUUGGGCCCGAUAACGUUAACAUCACUGUCAAUGUGGACUAUACGUCAGCGAUUCCUGACAAUGCUAUUUCAUCAGUUGAGGAUGUUAUUGGUAGUCAGAUAUCAUCUGUAGCAUGCUACAACUCCCCAAACUGCCAGACAACUGUAGAAAUAGAACAAUCCAGUAUGAUUCUUACUUUCAAUAUUCCACUUCACCUCGGACCAGACAUACAGUACGAAAAUUACAUUUCAACCGGUACAGCAAAUGAUGCCCUGCAAGAACUAAUUGACGCAAUAACAUACCUUGAAUCAACCGCCCAGCAUAUAAAGAAUCACACUAAUGGGAUAUUUGACGUCAACGUUGACGGAUUGACAUACACGUCUGACGUCAACAGUCUAACGUUUGGUCCAGGAGUAACAUGUAACAGUGGAUUUGUUGCUUUGGAUGGUGUUUGUGUUAGAUGUCCGUCUGGUACGUACUCAGCUAAUGGAGUGUGCAACUUUUGUGAGAAGGGGACAUAUCGGUCAAACACGGGACAAAUAUCUUGUUUACAAUGUCUGAAUGGUUUGACAACAAGCACGAUAGGUUCAUCAGAUAUUUCUCAAUGUACAGAAACGACUGCAACCAGUACAAGUGAGAAGCCUGGCGAUAAGCAUGACGACCAAGACAAGAGCACAGUGUAUGUAGCGAUUGUUAUAUCGAUGGUAGCCCUUCUUGUGGCUCUGGCCGCACUUGCUGUCGUCUGGUACAAGAUAUUCAGACCAAAAUCAAGAGUGAAUGGAUCGGACACAAACUUAAGAAUGGAGCCUGCUCACUCUAGGUGUUCCAGGGUGUACACGAGGACUCCGGACACUAGAAUUCCACGCAGCAUCACGUCAUUGUCAAACGGUAAUGAUGAUGACUUCAUGAGAGGGAGUGACGUUUGUCACACGCCUGAUGUACGAUUAUAUCAAGUUAGAAUGCCUUCUGCUCACAGUGGUUACCUAACACCUACAGAAGUCCAUGUUGAAUGCAACAGUCCGCCUCCCCCAUAUGACCCCCCAGCUUUGCCGGAGUAUUCAGAAAAGGACGAAACUCCAUAUGACACAAUUAAUUAAAGUCCUCCGCAAAAACUGAAGUAUUAAGCUGACUUGCCACUGGUAUAAAUGCUUUGAAAAUCUGGAGCUUUAAUUUAAUUACAUUCAAUAAUCAUAUAUUCACAAAAUAUAUGAAAUGUGUAAAAACUGGAGAUAUGAAAGAAUCAAUACGUUAAUCUGCCUCAAAUCACGUGUAAUAUAUAGCGUCAUUUCUGAUUUAGAGAUCAUGAAACAUGUAUUGUGAGUUGUCUCCAGUUAUCAUAAAUUGUCACUAGGUUCCACUACGAAAUAUUGAGUUAGGAAUUGCCUUAAGAGUGGCUUUUUAAAAGUAAUUCUUUUUGCUUGAAAGUACAAAAAAAAAGAUAUUAAAAAUGAGUGCUGAGCAGAUCCUAAUUCGUUUUUAGUCAAAAGUGGUACAUUUCAAAAUACCAAAGAGAUUAUAUUUAAUACAUUUUAUCUACUUUUUCAUUGAAUUCAAAUUUGAAACAAAUUGUGUAAAAUGAUGUAUGGACACAAUACAGGAUAGCUAACAAAAAAGUCUGUAUAGAAAUUCACCAGGUUUCAUUCAUGUAGAAGAAAAUUAUUACUAUUGUAUUUUGAAUACGUUUUCAGUGCUCAAACGUAUAUGCCUAUAUUCUAAAUACAACCUUUAAACCCGUACCGUAUACACUGAGCAACAUAUUUGAUAUGAAAGGGAUCUCAAUAGCUGAUAGCUGAUAGCUUCAACAUAUAUAUUGAAGAAAAGGUGACUGAAUAAUGUGUGAUAUUAACAGAAUUACAGACUUGAGAAGAAAACCACCGCACACAAACUACGCCAACAUAUGAUGAUAGAGUAAUUCGUAUGGAGCUUGCCGAUGCAUCACAAAUACUCAAUGAAAAUAGACAUUGCAAUAUUCGGCGUUCAAAAUACACGGAUAAGUUUAUUAAGAGAAGAUUCUUCAAACGUCUUUUUUCAGUAGUUUUAGACGGUUUUCAUUGACUAUUUUCAUUUUUUGUUUUAAAUUAAAUGCUAAAUAAUCGUUUUAUGACAACUUUUUUGAGUUCGUUUUAGCAAAGAUUUAGGUUUGAUAUAAAAAUAAAACCCAUUAAAUUUAUAUAUCGGUUUUCAUGUACAUCAAGUGACUGAAAUUCAAAACGUAGACACAAUUAUGUAAGGGAGAUAAUUUGGAAAUGUUACUUUUCAAAAUGCUCCACUAAAAUAACUCGGUAAUAUUUGUUUUUCGUCAAUAAUAACUGAUUUUCUAUCUUCAGCAUCAUACAAUAGGCAUACAGUUCACAUACAAUGAACGAAAACUCUUAUCAGAAAUAUAAUUUAAGGAUGUAGGAUCAAAUAUUUUUAUGCAGAUAGACUUUUAUUCAAACUGUGUGAGGUAGAAGAACAUUAGUAUCUAAGACAUAUAAGAGCAGUAAAGUACGGGUCACCGCACUCUUUUUUUUAUUUAAAAUGGCAGUUUUUUCUUCCACUAAGCAUUUCUGAAACUAAAUAAAAAAAAAAUGGGCGUACUUUAUAAAACAUAAUAUCCCACUUAAUGUUAUAGAGAUUUCAGCUCUUACAGGUGACUAUGAAUACAAUGCUAGCAUAAAUGUAACAAACACAUCUCUUUCACUUUUACAUGUUGACAUAAUUACCCAAUCCACCUUUUUUCAAUGGAAAAAAACGUAAAUAUAUCUGUUGUUAAGAUUUUAAAAAUCUUUUGCUGUUUUAACGACACACAAAAUGCAUCAAAGUGGAAAGAAAGAAAAAGUUGGGAUUACCAUGCAUCUAAGAGAUAUAUUUAGAAAAAAACACUUUAAAAACAAUUGCUAUGUUGAAAACUUUUAUUUCAGUUGUAGCUUAUCAUUAUAUAACACUCAGAAAAAUGUUAGAACAAAACCUGAUCUAUUAAAAUAGAUAUUGAAUUUUACUAAUACCUACCCAGUUGUACACGGUAGAUCUACAUCAGAUUAAGGCAGAUGUAAGUGUGAAUUGUUUUUUCGCAACAAGUAGAAUCUGUUAUGUUCAGUGGUACAUUAUUAGCCAUACUUUGAUGAAUUAGCAUUUAUUUUCAAAAUGGUGGAUAUUCUGAGGGAAAAAACGCGUUCGUACAUUCUUAAGUCUGCAAGUGUUAAUUUUGCAGUCUCACUCACAAAACGAGAAUUCUAAUGAUUAAUAUGUAUAUCAGAUAUUUAGCCAAGUGUAGUGUAUGUGUAGUACUGAUAGAUCUCUUAAAAUCGUGUAUGGAAUGUAAGCAUCGCAAACCAGUAAUGCGUUCUUUCAUUUGACAUCUGUGAUAAAUAAUGAAGUUAGUUUUUAUCAUAUUACACACAUCUCUAUUUGAUAUUCAAAUGUUAAAGGCAUAAUAAAUAUGUUCCUAUAUUUCAUUAACAUAUAAAUUAUUGGAACAUGUUUAUUAUUUCGAUUCUAACGACGCAAAAUACGUUAUUCUGACCAUAUGCUGGUACAAUUUACCCCCAUGGGUCAUAAGUGUUGCAUCACCAACGGAACAUUCAGAUAUUUGUUUCUUUUUAACAGAAUUCUCAGAAGUAUUUAGAUCUAUAAACUAGUACUCUAACAGCUGGAAAAAAAAUCAUGAACAUAAUUAUCAGAGAUUUUGUAUAGGCAUACGUUCUUAACUUGUGUAUGACGUUACAUCAGACGUCAUACUUUAUGCCAUACUUGUAUAACGUCACUGCUUAACUUGAGCUAAUUCGCUCGUAGAGAUCAAAAACGUGUUUACGGCCCAGUAUAUAAUUCAGUACAUUUUUAUUACUGUUUGGCACUGACAGUCUGGAGUAAUUCGUAUAUGAUGGAACAGAAGUGGAAUAUCUUAUGUUAUAAUCGUAAGGGGUAAAAUGUAUCAGCGAAUCAUUAUUUUAUCGAAGAUCCAUAUAUUGGCUGGUUGUUUUAUGUAUAUAUAGCAAUUAAUACGGAUCUUGAUACUGAAUAUUAAGGAUAUCAUUAAUGUUUUCUUAAUCAUGUGCGUUGCUGUAAUAAAUGUUAUAUAUUUGCUUGUA